ACAAACAGGAACCCGACGACAUUGAGCAGUUACAGGAAGCAAUCACCUGACACAAUCCCCGGACCAAGUGCUGGGCCGACGGUAAAUAAGUCAUGCUCCCAGAGUUUUCCCUGCGCUGGCCGUGCUGUGAGAAAUGGUUUCCUUUCCCAUGGACCGUACCCAGCUAAAGACAAGAUACAUUUGGCCAGAAUCAUACGAGUGUGUAUAUGCGGUUACCCGCGGCAACAGAUACGGCGCUAUAAAGGUAUUAGCACACGGAUGACGGUUACAUCAGAGUUCUUGGUUCAGCUCCUCACAGGGAUACACUACGCAUUGUGUAACGGAGAAGCGGAACUCGGAUCCAAAGCUUUGGAUGACGUCCUGUAUCGGGCCCAGCUCGAGUUGUUCCCGGAAGCGCUCUUGGUGGGCAACGCCAUCAAGUCGACGCAGCAGGGCGCGGCUCUGAAAAGCAACACCAAGGAGGGUGCACGUAGCAUCCAGGUGGAGAUCACACCCACCGCUUCCAGGAUCUCUCGGAAUGCUGUCACGUCGCUCUCUAUCAGGGGCCACCGCUGGAAACGACACGCAGAGUCCCAGGAGGUGAGUGUAGACAGUGAGGCCGCGCCGGGGGGCGUGGCCAUCCCCGAUAUCAGUGUGACGGGCGUGAGCAGCGAGCGAAUGCCCAACGGAGAAUCCCUGCGAGCGCGCUCCGACGGCCGCACCUACCCGGACGGCGAAACUUUGGGAGGUGCCUCCGAUGUCAGCCCGGAACCCCGAAGUCAUGAGUCCAGCAUGCGGGGGCAGGAGGUCAGGAGGCAGAAGUCUGUGAGGCGAAUGCUGGAAAACGAGAGUUCCGGGUCGGCCUCCAUAGGGAGGAGCCAGCACUAAGUUCUUCCUUCCCCUUGCCCCAAUCCUGGGGUAACCUAGACGCAGUGGAUCUGGGUUCCCCGGAUGAGCUGAUGGAUAUUUCGGAGGCGGACGAAGGCGGGAUGGCGCCUGACACAAACCCACCCACCA